UAGCACCUCCUCCUCUUCCUCCUCCUCCUCCUCCUCCUCCGGCGAGGAGCGUCACCGUCGGUGUCCUGGAUGCGUUCGGCCGGAUCUCACCCAGCCUGCAGCCCGUGAUUCAUUCUACGCCGUUUGGAGCCGGUUAAAAACCAGAGAGGAGGAAGGUUUCUCUCCAGCCAUGCAGAAGGUGGAGGGACGGGUAACCCCGGUCAACCUGCCUUCUUCCAGGGGCCCAAGCACCCCGGGAUCUCCCGCCAGUAGCAUCACGGCCCGCGUGAACGACCAGGUGGUGGGCUACAGAGACCUGGCAGCUCUGCCCAGGGAUAAAGCCAUCCUGCAGGUGGAGAGACCAGACCUGAUGACCUACCAACCCCACCUCAGCUUCUCCCCGCUCGACCCGCCACGCAGAGAGCGAUCCCUCUCUCCUCCAUCCACAUCUCCUACCAUGUCUCCUGAGGUGAAGGCACGCAGAGCAGAAAGUGAGAGUGGUUCUCCUGGAGGAUCCACUCUGCAGCUUAAUGCUGGACGCAAGAUCAGUGCCAGCCUGCAGCAUUUCCACAGACCGGAUAAUGGGACCAACAUCUACAGGAAACCUCCCAUCUACAAACAGGAUGUUAACAAACAUCUGGAGGGCAGCGGAGUCAUUCAGUCGGCAAAGUUUCCGGCAGCUCAGCCUCCAGACCCCAACCAGCCCUCCAAGAUAGAGACAGAGUACUGGCCCUGCCCCCCCUCGCUGGCUGCCAUGGAGAUCGAGUGGAGGAAGAAGAAGCUGCAGGAGGAAGACGAGUUUGAGGACCUGACGGAGGAGGCCGAGACGCUGCAGGAGCAGGAGCUGGAAAAGAUCAAGUCCAACCUGGGCCGCCUGAUCCUGAAGGAGGAGAAAGAGAAGGCUGUUCAUUUCCGGAGGAAGACACAGUCGCUGCCUGACAGAACGCACAUGCACACCAGUUUGUCAGCAGGCGCAUCGAAGUCCCCCUCACGCUCAGGCUUGACCAGAAUGCAGUCUGCAGAGUUUUCCACAGAUGGAGAGAAAGGACGGUCAGCUGCUCAGAAUGGAGAGGCUCGGAGGGAGAGGAUGGACAGAGGAAACUCUCUGCCGAGCAUCCUGGAGCAGAAGAUCUAUCCCUACGAAGCGCUGGUUGUGACCCACAGAGGGCGCUGUAAGCUGCCGCCAGGAGUCGACCGCACUCGACUGGAGAGGCAUCUGGCUCCGGAGGAGUUCGAGCAGGUGUUCGGGAUGCCGAUGGCCGAGUUCGACCGCCUCUCUCUGUGGAGACGAAAUGAACUGAAGAAGAAAGUCUCACUUUUCUAACAGGAAGUGACCUCGUUCCCGAAAAAUACUUGACGAAGCUCCUGCUUUGAAAGGAAGAGGAGGAGAAAAACCGGGACCCAACGUCCGACAUCCAGUCAACAAACACACAGAGCCAUUCGUCACGUUAGUCCACGCAAACACGUCCUCCGUCCAACCGACCAACCACGUCUCUGGGUGUGCGCCGGCCCCCGAGGCUCAGACAGAGUGUUCACUGAUGGCUGGUCCCGAUCAACCCUUUACUCUGACUAACCUUAACUGAUGCACUGACACUCACACAUAUUACCUGUGCUGCACUUAUACUCACCACUGCUUGCAAAUCCUCCUCGUCAUGUGUCCACUCAUCCCAGUCAUCAUCAUCGUCAUCACCGUCGUCUUCUUCUUCGUACCUGUUUUGUGUUUCUCUGUAUCAUGAAGCGAGAUUAGCGGGUUAGCAGCCGUCAUCGGGGUCUGACGCAGGUGUUCUGGUAUCAUGAAGCUGGUUCCCUUUCGAAACCCGUCAGAAGCAGCUGCUGACCAGUCAGAUCACUGGAGAACGAAGUCGUUUUCUACAGGACGCCGACAGGGACACAAGCACUGAGUUCAUAAUGAAGUCACGAGUAAUAAAGGACAAGAGCGACGCUCUUUAAAAUGAGCAGAGCGAUUACGUCUGCUCCAGCCAACGGGAGACAGAAUCAGAGACAGAAGACGGUCAGUAGGAUAAAUGAAUUCAGGCUUUUAUUCCCAGUAAGACUCCUGACCGUUCCAGCUCCUACAAUCUUUUUAAUUGGCUUGACAUUAAAAGCAAGCGCCACUGAAGUGUCCAUCCGGGCUGAACGACGGCAGGUAUCAGCAGAAAACCCACCUCGGUACAGGCCGUCUUGAUCGAUCAUUGCAGAUACUGGUCGUUGACCCCCGUUUAAGAGCCGGUCGGCGCUCCGUAUGUUACCCUCCACCUCACGGUCACACAGAUGUCCCCGUGCAGGCCUUAGUGGGGAAAUGCAGCUAUUUUCUACACCAUUCAGCGUUGGCUUCUCACCUCACAGGUGAUCUCACAGGUGCUGACCGUCAACAUGUUUUCCCAGGACGAAACCGACAUUGAAAUCCAGUAUUUCUCCAUGUCCGCGGACAGCGGAGGUAGCCAGUAAAGAGGUCGGUACACGCCAUCAGAAGUGCUCGUCAGGCGGUCGAAUGGGGUGGGGGGGGUCCAUCAAGCCGACAUUCCCACUCACCUCCCUCCGCGAUUGGCCAGCUGCGUGCAGGCGAGAAGGUGCGCAGGGUUUGACCUUCUCUCUCAGCUCUGUCAAAUGUCCUCAGGAGAGAAAAGGUGGGCGUUGUCUCCUCGUUUAAAGGGCGUCACGUCUGCCCCCUCUCUGUGCCUUCGGGCGUGGCCGUCCAGAUCGGGCGUAAACACGUUUGAUUUCUGACGGGGUCGGACGCCGCGUCGUUCAAAGUGCUCCGAUGUGUACUUUGUUUACGUGGAGGAUUAGAAAGUUCCUUCGCCAGCGAUGACAUCGUGGAUGGUUUGUCCAACGAACGAGCUCCGACUUUCUCUUCACAACUUUCUGCCGUCGUCGUUGCGAAGGACCAACGCCCCCAACGGACGCAGGACACGCGAGGUAGCUGGGAUGCAGGCGCUGAGGCGCGGUUAAGAGGUGCCUCCUCCCGACCCCUAGCGUACGGAGCGCCA